ACUUAAACCUUGGCUGCUGCUUCUUUCGAAACUAUACAACCAAUUUAAAUACUACUCAAGCAAUUCGAAGUUUGAAGGCUGAAAAAUCGGACCCUAAAAGGUAGCUGUCUUCAAGCGAAGAGUAGAAAAUUUUGUAUUUCUUUUUUUGCCCGGAAAGUUUCAGGUUGAUAUUGCUUUCAAGCAUACAAAGGCUUGGGUUCUAUACAGAGGAUUUUAAAACUACUGGUAGCUGCUUGGGUCAUUGGGCAGGUAGAGCCAAUCUCUUUCUGAAUUAGUAGUGGAACAACUGAUGCUAUACCUUUAGCAUGGAAUCACACCAGCUUUUCAGAUACGGCAUCACUGGUGCUGGCAUAUCCUACUCAUCUUCUUAUCCAAUUGCUCCUUCAAUGCCUAAUAUACUCUUUGAGUCCUUCAAUUCUGAUAUAGGAAACUCACCUAGCUCAACCUUCUCAAAUCAAUUUGAUUGUGAUUCUUUUACCACAUUGAGUGAGAGCCAGGAGCAGUAUAGUUCUACUGAGAAUCCUUCAGGAGCCAGCCCUUCUUGUAACUCUUCACUUGAAUCCAGUAGUUAUUUUCAUCAACUGAGCCCCCCAUUGUUGCACGAUGCAAAUUCUAGCCAGAACAUAAAACAUGCAUUGCUGCGAUUAGAGACUGCUCUGAUGGGGCCUGAUGAUGAUGAAAACAUAACAAUGGCUAAUACUUCUUUGGGGGAAAGUAGUAGACCACAGACAUCAGGUCAGAGGACUAGGGCCUGGAGUCAGGAGCGCCAAGGUUCUUGUGGGAAUCAGCCUCAGACAUCCUUUGUUUCUAGGAGUAAGCAAUCAGAUGAAGGUGCUUCUGUAGAGAAACGUCUAAAAGCAAUAGAGGAAGCAAAAUUUCAAAGUAUUCCACCAAGCAAUCUGAAGCAAUUGCUCAUUGCUUGUGCUAAAGCUCUGGCUGAAAACAAUAUAAAUGAAUUUGAUAAGUUGAUUGAAAAGGCUAGAGGUGCAGUGUCUAUCAGUGGAGAGCCAAUCCAGCGCCUUGGUGCAUACUUGGUAGAAGGUUUGGUAGCAAGGAAGAAGUCAUCAGGCAAUAACAUUUACCGUUCCUUUAGUUGUAGAGAGCCUGAAAGCAGGGACUUGCUUUCGUACAUGCAGAUCCUAUAUGAAAUUUGUCCUUACCUGAAGUUUGGAUACAUGGCAGCCAAUGGAGCCAUUGCUGAAGCAUGCAAAAAUGAGGAUCGCAUCCAUAUCAUAGACUUCCAAAUUGCUCAGGGCACCCAAUGGAUAACUCUCCUUCAAGCUCUUGCAGCAAAGCCAGAUGGAGCUCCUCAUGUGCGUAUAACAGGUAUUGAUGAUCCUGUUAAUAAACACGCGCGUGGUGAUGGAUUAGAAGCAGUUCAGAGAAGAUUAGCUGCAAUCUCUGAGAAAUUUAAUAUCGCCAUAGAGUUUCAUGGUGUGCCAGUUUUUGCUCCGGAUGUCACACGGGACAUGCUUGAUGUGAGGCCUGGGGAGGCUCUGGCUGUGAACUUCCCCUUGCAGCUCCAUCACACUCCUGAUGAGAGCGUUGAUGUGAGUAAUCCAAGGGAUGGGCUGCUUCGAAUGGUCAAAUCACUCAAUCCCAAGGUGGUCACUUUAGUGGAGCAAGAAUCAAACACAAACACAGCCCCUUUCCUUACAAGGUUCAUAGAAACUCUAGACUACUACUUGGCAAUGUUUGAGUCCAUAGAUGUGACGCUGCCAAGGGACCGGAAGGAGCGUAUUGGUGUAGAGCAGCACUGUUUAGCCAAGGAUAUAGUGAAUGUUAUUGCUUGUGAGGGGAAGGAGAGGGUGGAGCGUCAUGAGCUCUUUGGCAAGUGGAAGUCUAGGCUUACGAUGGCUGGCUUCCGGCAUUAUCCUUUGAGCUCCUAUGUCAACUCUGUGAUAAGUAGGUUGCUGAGGUGUUACUCAGAAAAUUACACACUGGUGGAGAAGGAUGGGGUUAUGUUGUUGGGCUGGAAGAAUAGGAAUUUGGUAUCUGCUUCUGCAUGGAAUUGAUAUCAGAGGAGACUGACAGACAUAUACAACAAUAACCACAUGUACCUUUCAUAGGUGGGUAUAGUGCAGUGAUAAUGAUAAAACUGUGAUAACAGCAUUAGGAGGGUUGAUUGAUUUUUUUUAUGUCAUAUUCAUUUCAUGUAAUCCUGUAUAAACAUUAAAUUGAAUGAUAAUUUUCUUUUUGUA